GUGACUUUCUCAAGCUACCAAUAUGAGCGGAAGAGGCAAAACCGGAGGCAAGGCCAGGGCGAAGGCAAAGACCCGUUCAUCCCGUGCUGGCCUCCAGUUCCCCGUGGGCCGUGUGCACAGGCUGCUGCGCAAAGGCAACUACGCCGAGCGUGUGGGCGCUGGCGCACCAGUCUACCUGGCCGCCGUACUCGAGUACCUGACUGCUGAGAUCCUGGAGUUGGCCGGCAACGCUGCCCGUGACAACAAGAAGACUCGUAUCAUCCCCCCGUCACCUACAACUGGCCGUCCGUAA